AUGAGGGGCUCGGUUGCGGUUGCGGUUGUGGGCAGGAGAGUUCUGCAGCAGCAUACUCUGGUGGUGAAAGGUAAUCUUGGGGCUGCUCCUGUUUUUUGCUGGGGAAGACGAUCUUUUGCUGGUGUGAGUUAUGCUGAUUACAGAGAGAAACUGAGUAGAAAUGGGAAAUUACAUGAUAUUAUUAAGUUAGAUGAUGCUAUUGCUCUGUUCGAUGACAUGGUCAGGUCUAGUCCCUUACCUUCCAUUGUUGAGUUCAGUAAACUGUUGAGUGCAAUUGCUAAGAUGAACAAGUUUGAUGUUGUCAUCUCUUUGGGGGAGCAGAUGCAGAAUUUGGGAAUUGCACAUGAUCUCUAUACUUACAGUAUUUUCGUUAACUGUUUCUGCCGACGCUCCCAACUCUCUCUUGCUAUGGCAAUGCUUGGGAAGAUGAUGAAACUCGGUUAUGAGCCCAGCAUUGUUACACUUUCUUCUCUUGUCAAUGGUCUCUGUCACAGUAAGAGGAUUUGGGAUGCCGUAGCUUUGGUUGAUCAGAUGGUGGACAUGGGAUAUCCUUGCGGGACGGUGACAUUUACAACUCUGGUUCAUGGGCUUUUUCUCCACAACAAAGCAUCCGCUUCAGCUGUGGCUUUAGUUGAACGGAUGGCUUUGAAAGGUUGUCAACCGGACCUAGUUACUUACGGUGUAGUAGUAAACGGAAUCUGUAAAAGAGGUGACACUGACUUGGCUUUAAAUCUGCUCAAGAAGAUGGAGAAAGCGAAUAUAGAGGCCAAUGUUGUAAUCUACAACACAGUCAUCGAUGCUCUUUGCAAAUACAAGCAUGUAAAUGAUGCAAUUGACCUGUUCAACAAAAUGGAAAGCAAAGGAAUUAGACCUGAUGCUGUUACCUACAACUCCCUCAUAAGUUGUCUUUGUAAUUACAGAAGAUGGGGUGAUGCCUCUCGGUUACUUAGUGAUAUGAUUGAAAGGGAUAUCAACCCAGACGCCGUUACUUUCAGCUCAUUGAUCGAUGCGCAUAUGAAGGAGGGGAACCUUUUGCAGGCUGAAAAAUUGUACAAUGAGAUAAUCAAAAGCAAAAGUUGUUUUCCAGAUGUAGUGACUUAUAAUACUCUAAUAAAGGGAUUUUGUAAAUCUAAGAGAGUAGAAGAGGGUAUGGAAAUCUUCCGCGGGAUGGCUCAAAGAGGAUUGAUUGGCGACACCGUCACUUACAACACACUUAUCCAAGGGUUUUUUCAAGCUGGUGACUGUAAUUAUGCCCAAAUGGUAUUCAAACAGAUGGUUUCUGAUGGUGUGCAUCCCAAUAUUACGACAUACAACAUCUUAUUAGGUGGACUUUGUAAUUAUGGGAUGCUAGAGAAAGCGUUGGUCAUAUUUCGAGAUAUGCAAAAGAGUGAAAUGGAACUUGAUAUUUGUGUAUAUAGUACUAUGAUUGAUGGGAUGUGCAAGGCUAGUAGGGUGGAAGAAGGGUGGGAUUUAUUUUGCAGCCUCAGCCUUAAAGGAUUGAAGCCUGAUGUUGUAACCUACACUACACUGAUCUCAGGAUUAUGUAGGAAACGCUUAAUGCAAGAAGCGGAUGCCUUGUUCAGAGAAAUGAAAGUAGAUGGGCCUCUUCCAGAUAGCGGUGCAUAUAAUACGUUGAUCAGGGCACAGCUUAGAGAUAGUGACAAAGCCACAUCAGCUGAACUCAUCAAAGAAAUGAGGAGCUGCGGGUUUGCUGGAGAUGCUUCAACCAUUGUCUUGGUCACAAAUAUGUUGCAUGAUGGGAGACUAGACAAAAGCUUCCUUGAUAUGCUUUCCUAA